AUGACAUUCCUGAAAUUAUAUAAUGUUGUUUUACAGAAAAGACGCGAAGAAUGCGAAAGAAAAGCAAGAAGGGGGGAAAUGGACCCCAGGUUGGAGUUCACUUUCCAACUUCUUAUCGAUGGUACAGGCCUACCACGGCAUGCCAUCAUGGAUCACGUUUUCGAAGGAAAUAUGCUAGAUGAUAUAAAUCAAUUGUUUCUUCCACACAUGAGAAAUAAGCUGCUGUGGUAUUACCAAGAUGUCGAAGAAGUGGAGCAACGACCUGUAGUAGAAGGAAAUAAGUCUAGACAGCAGAGCCAAAGCAAAGUUCCACCUCCUCAAAUAACAAUGAAGAAAAAGCUGUUUUUGUCCGAUGGGUGGGAUGUUCGAUUUACAGGAGUCUGUAUAUACAUGUUUCGUAUUAAUGUAAGCAAACAAUUACCCGAGGAAGGCUUUCAUAAAGAUUUAUUUUGUGGCAUUCUUAACGCUGAAAAAGUGGGUUUGGUGACAGCAAUAGAACGUGUGAUGGAGUACGUGUAUAUGAGCGCCCUGGCACAUCCUAGCAGUGAUGGCGAUGAAGACGAAACACGCUUCCCCAUUGUCAAGAAUCAACUUUUGCCUGGCUUACGGUCCUUUUGUAGUGCUCUUAAAGUCUGUGAAGAUGUCUGCAAUCAAGUGAAUCUAUUCGACGAUGGCAAAGCCCUAAUGGCAAAUCUGAAGGAUCAAACCGAGUUGAAAGAAAUGGUUAAGAACUCUAGCAAGCUUAUACUUCUCGAAGAAAGAGUUAAUGAGUGGAUUAAAAAAAUUAUGGAGAUAUUAAGUGAAAGUGAGCAGCUUCGUCGUGAAGUGGAUUCGAGUGGACCCCAAGAUGAGCUAGAAUAUUGGAAGAAAAGAGGAGCACAAUUUUCUCAACUUGUUUCUUAUUUACAGGACAGUGAAGUGCAGCUUACUUUAACGUGUCUUCAGCUGGCUAAUUCUAAAGUUAUUAAACUUUGGCGAGAAACAGAUCAUAAGAUUACAUUCUGUUACAAUGAAGCUAAAGACAAUGCCAAGUUUAUUCAGGCUAUGGAGAAGUGUUGCCACUCUUUGUAUUUGGACGAUCCGGUUAAAAUCAAGGACUCCAUAUUAAGUUUACUCCAAACUGUCAGAUUAAUUCACAGUGUAUCACAAUUCUAUAACACUUCCGAAAGAAUAUCAUCUCUGAUGGUUAAGAUAACGAACCAAAUGAUUGAAACUUGUAAACAAUACAUAACCUGCCGUUCCAAAGAAACUAUUUGGUCUCAAGAUCGUGAUUCUGUGAGGGAUAAACUUAAACAUUGCAUAAACCUCAAUAAAACCUAUAGAGACACUUAUAUCUUUGUUAAGAAUCAAACAUUUUUACCAAAUACUGAACAGUUUAGUUUCUCUGAGAACUAUGUAUUCGGAAAAUUUGAUACGUUUUGCAAGAGGUUAAAUAAAAUUUUAACUAUGUUCAUACUGAUGGAUGAUUAUAAUCAUUUGUUUGAAAAACGGAUGGAAGGACUACUCUUAGGCGAAGACCUCGAAGAUGCAAUGCACUCUUUCAAUGAGGCAAAAAAGGCGGUAACGUCAUGUCAAUAUGACUACCUAGAUUACCGAAAUAACGAUUUCGAUAAAGAUUAUCAGGCCUUUGAAGAUAAAACUCAUACCUUGCGUGAGUCUAUUGGUCAUACAAUUGAAGUAAACUUUGCUAGUGUUUGGGAAACUCCACAGGGAAUUAAGUUCCUCACAAGAUUUGAGAAGGUCAGUCAAAAAAUUCAAAUAACAAAACUGAGUGAAAAAUAUGAUAGAGUACUGAAAUAUAGCGAAAAAGAGGUUGAUAAAAUAAUGAAAAUGUUUAAGAGACAAAAGGAUGAUCCACCGUUGCCCAGAAAUUAUUCUCCUGUCGCGGGUCGUAUAAAAUGGGCCCGAUGUCUCAUGUACAACAUGACUGAAACUGUAGAAAGCGUAUGCUCGCACGCUGCACUGAACUCGCUACCGACAGCCGCGGAUAUGAUGCGCAAAUACGCUACUACACGCACUCUAAUACAUAACUACGAGGAAAAUAUGCGAGCUGUUUGGAUGAACCAGAAUCUCUGGGAUGUAGACGACAGUUUGAAUAAUACAAUACUUAAAAUAGAUGACUCUGGAAGGAUCGUUGUCAAUUUGGACCAUACUAUAAAAUUACUAAUAAGGGAAUCGGAUUGCUUAGUAAAAAUGGGCUUAGAAUUGCCUAUCGUUUGCCACUCAUUAUAUUCAAAGAAGAAAUAUUUUACACUAGUAAAUGACUCAUUACAAUUCCUUUUGGAAGACUAUAUGCGUAGUGUUCGUCAAGUGAAACUAGAAGUAAGACCAUUGUUGUUGCCGCAAGUUGUCCGUCUAUCUUCACUACUUCUUCCUGGAAUACGUUCUGUUUCUUGGACUUGUGAGGAAUGGAAAGAAUUUGUCGAUCGUGCAAAUUUUGCUAUAAAAAGCUUUGAUGUCCUCGUAACCAGAGUUCAUGAUAUUUAUAGCAACCGAAUCAUUUAUAUGCUGUCCGGUAUGCAAGAGGUAUCGUUAUUAACUUUACCAGAUGAAAUGCCUUGGUCGGUUGAAGAAUUUAUUGAAUGCGUCGAGACAGGAUGCCGAUCGGCUUGUGUAGAGCUAAAUCGAAAAAGUUUGAUGGUGGAAGAAGCAGUAGAAGAAGUAUUAGAUCUAGUGAAAAAAGCAGCUCAGCAAGUAAAACCUACCGAAAUCAACCCAGACUUUGAAUUUCUUAUCGCUGACGAUGAUACUCAGUUGAUGAGCGGUGCUGCGUCAACGAUGAAUGAGUCAACCGCCAGCGGUCAGCAGGACUGGUCAGCUGUCUGGGAGUGUUUCGAAAGCCCCCACAGACUACUCUCUGUCCCCGCUGGUGGACUUUCUAAAAGUAUGCAGGAGAUGGUAAAGAAUGCAGUUAAUGAAAUGCGGCGUUACUAUAGUCGUAAAGUUGUCGACGUACUUAUAAAGGUCACAAGACGAGCUUUGGAUUUGAUCAUCAAGCAAUUCUCUUGCGACUCAGAAGUCAUAGGUUAUGGAAUAAGAAAUGCUUUAUAUGAAGUGUGA